AUGCCCAUUGUCACCUCACCGGCCAGAGGCCGCGUCCUGCCCACAGAGAUGCUGGUCUCAGACCACCUCCCCGCCGAGUUCGUCCUGAGGAACACCCGCCUCGGCACCUGGGGUGGGGGCGACCGCGGGUGCACCUCUUCUCUCGGGGGCGCCUGGAAUACUCGAUGCCGCGGAGCUGCCCCAGGGCGAGGACGGUGUGGUCUCGGCCCCACCAUCACAGGGAACCGCUCCGUGUCACCUGGAAUCUCCCCGGCGGGCCUGGAGGACCAGAGCCUGGAGAAGAACGUGUGGGGGGAGGGGCCGAGGAGAAAUCGGGGGUCAGGGACCCACGGGCCCCGGCGAAAUGGACCAGCCAAGGCCAAGCAGUCUGCCGUGCGGUUUAGGGAGAUGGAAGGGCGCCGGGGAGCAGGGCCACAGAACGGGCCCCGGCGGCGGGUGCAUGGCCUGGCUGGGCAGGCAGCCGCCUGCCUCCUUGGGACCAGCCGGCCAUCGGCUCGGGCCGCCCCUCGCUCGCCAGCAGCAGGUCUGGACGAGGGUCUGAGGAGCGGCCCACCCCCGGCCCUCGCCGCCGUCUUCUCUGAGUCGGCGUCAUCCUCGGGUCUCCCGUCCAGACCCGUGGCCGCUGAUGGGGUCCCCAAACACCCGCAGCCCUCGUUCCACGUGCCGCCGUGGGCCGUGGCAGCAUCUGAGGGGCUCGCGGGAGGGCCGCGGGAGGAGGAGUCUCUGGGCACUGUCGCCAAACAGACGUGUGAGGCGGCGGCGGCCUGCGGCCCUGGGUGUGGAUCCUGGAGCCCCAUUGGGGCAGCCUCCUCCCCACCCCCGCCGGCUCCGCCCUCACCCUCAGCGGCCGGGGCCAGGCAGACUCUCCUCUGGGUGCGCACAGGAGCGGCUGCCUACGCAGGGAGCCGGGGUGCAGGGAGUGUCCCAAGAACCAAUGAGGUUCCCUGCCUCCCUGUGCUGCCUGCCAUGCUGUCCUUGACCUUCCUCCUCCUGGUUACCAGGAUGCUCUGGCCCAUCGUCCCAGCCACCGCCCUGAGUGCUCAGGAUGGAAGAGCUGGGGACCUUCCUUGUGGAGAGGAGUGUGCCGACUGCGCACUCCUGGCCCAGGAGCUGGGGACACCGAGGCCGGCCCCAGGGAACACGGAGGCAGCCUUGCACAGGGCCACCACUUCCCAACGCUCAGACUGGGACAACCCCUCCUGCACCGAAGGCGUGGUUUCCGUGUCGAGGGGUGAGCGGGCCGUGAUGUCCUGCAACAUCUCCAACCCCUUCUUGGGCGUCACCGUCUACCUGAUUGCCCUUGGGGAGGAUUCCCAGCCCCUCUUCAGGGUGACGCCCCCAGGCUGCUUCUGCCGGGGUGAGUGGCAGCUGCGGGUCCGCGGAGGUGUGGCACAGCUGGUGAUUCCGAAGGCGAGCGAUGCCCAGGCUGGGCGUUACAAGUGGCAUCUCAAAGGUCUGCAGAGGAAUAUUAAAGUCACCACGCUGGACGUUUUAGCAUCAGGCGCAGAGGCCCAGGACCUGAACCAGACAGGAGUCCUACCCCUCACCUCUUCCUGUGGCCCGCAGAUGCCGUGCCCGGGGUGGGCCGAACGCCAGCUCCAGGUGGUGCUCGUGGUCACCGGUGUCAGUGCCGCCCUCGCCAUCCUGGUGGUCACCGUGUUAGCCUGGCGCCGACGGCACAGUCCCCUGUACUUGAAGCCCCCAGGGAUCUGAGGCCACCGGCACCGAAACUCACCCCCCAGCAACGGAGCCCCGCGUGUCCCACACCCAUCUGGUUGACAGAAGCCCGUGCACCUCACAGAGGUGGCGGACAGGCGCAGGCCCCCCCCCCCCCGUCCCCGUCUGCUGGCCCAGGACACCUGCUCGGCCCUACGGCCCAGGGGCCAGCUCCCUGCCGGGGCGGAGGGUGGCCCCAGGUCGAUCCUCUGGCUCCCCACCCCAGCCGCAGGCUCUUCUCCACCUGGGCCCCCGGCAGCUCUCUUGGCUCCCCGACUCUGUGGUCAAAGAUGGGAAAAUCUCAAGUUCCAGAACAUUCGGCCUCAGAGGACCUCUCCCUCCUCUGCCCCGUCAGGGCCAGUGGGGUGGGGCUGGGGGUGUACUUCCGGCCGCGGGUGCACAAGGGGCUGCUGUAGCCUCAGAGGCACCCUUCUUUGGGUCUUAGGUUGAUCUUGGGCACACCCCUGUCUCUGACCAGGAGCAAGAACGGCUUUGGGGGACCGUCCUGCCCCGGGGUCAAGCUGAGGGCCUAGAGGCCUGAGGUGGGGGAGCCAGCCCCGCCUCCACCGCUAGGGGGCUCGCCAGCGGGGGCAGGCGACAGGUGGCAGCUCGGGCCGCGGCACUUGGCUCCCCCCUUCUCCCCCCCCAGCCACGGGGCCCCUCCCCCACAGCCCCCCUGCUGACCCUUCCCCACCCCAAACCCCUUUACGUCAGAUGACUCUCUAAUCACAACUGCAUGACUCCAUUCAGUGUGUUCUUAAGAGGGACAUACGGGCUUUUUCUAAAGCACGCGUUCAGUGCUUUGGAAAACACCCAUAACGCCAAUCCUUAAGAUGAAUAAAACAAACCAAUCGAGAAACCAUGAAA